CGACGGCACGUGCGAUGCAGGUCGACGAGGUGAUCUGGCAGACCAUCAACCAGCAGUUCUGCUCCUUCAAGGCGAGGUUGACCGACAAAGAACAGAACUUCUGUAGGAACGAGCACAACGUGACCGGCUUGUGCAACAGGCAGUCUUGUCCUCUUGCCAACAGUCAGUAUGCCACCAUCCACGAGGAGGACGGCGAGUGCAUCCUCUACAUCAAGACCAUCGAGCGCGCUCACUCCCCUGCAAACUUGUGGGAGAAGAUCAGGCUGUCGAAGAACUAUGCCAAGGCGCUGCAGCAGAUCGACGAGCACCUCAAGUACUGGCCCAACUUCCUGGUGCACAAGUGCAAACAGCGUCUCACAAAGAUCACCCAAUACCUCAUCCGCAUGCGAAAGUUGUCGCUACAGGUGAGGCCAAAGCUGGUUGGUGUUCACAAGAAAGUUGAGAAGAGAGAGAGAAACCGAGAAGCCAAGGCUCUGCGUGCAGCGAACAUCGAAGGAGCGAUCGAGAAGGAGCUGCUGGAGCGAUUGCGAUCAGGCACGUACGGCGAUAUCUACAACUUCCCCAUGAAGGAAUAUUCCAACGCUCUCGAUGAGGAGGAGGCGCUGGUCGAAGACGAGGAGGAAUACAACGAAGAUGAGGAGGAGGGAGAAGGAGAAGAGGAAGACGAGGAGGAGGAUUACGAGGACUGGGAUGAAGAUGAAGAGGAGGAGGAGGAAUUUGGAUUCGGAUCGAAGCAAUUUGUCGAAGAUUACUCGGAUGAUGAGGAUAUGGACGACAUUGAAGACGCGGGCUCCAAGAAUAAGACUCGGAGAAACGCACGAGUGGAUGAGGAGUCAGAGGAGUCAGAGGAGGAGGAAGAAGCACCAAGAAAGCGAGCUAAGCCAAGCUCUAAGGCCAAGCCUGCUCCUCCUACCAAGAAGCCAAGCUCCAAGCGAAGGAAAGGAGGCGCGAGGCUGGAGAUCGAGUAUGAGCAGGAGCAGGAGAAACUUUCGUCUCGAGCUGCUGAUUGGUGAAUUUCUUGUAAACUAUCACUCACUC